AUAAGUGCCCAAGGAGGGGUUCUGCAUGCAGUUCAAAUUGACAGUCCCUAUUUAACAAAGGAUUAUUGCAUCUAUUACAAUUCUACCUGGACGUCCCUUCCUGAUAGUUUAUCUAACAUUGCCUAUGCAAGACUGGAGUUUUUGACCCCCAGGAUGCUCUGCAGCCCAUCGGAGGUUACGCAAGACAUCAGGAACAAAGCAAUCGUAGUGAAGAGGGGAAAUUGUACUUUUCUUGAGAAGGCGGAAAUUGCUCAGCGGUUCGGUGCUAAAUUACUGCUGGUGGCUAGCGAAACUUCCAUUCGUUCUCCUGGAGGAAACAAGACCCAGAAUCUGACCAUUCCUAUUGCGCUCGUCAGAGACACAGACAUAAAGGAUUUGGAACAGAGUCUUGGAAGAAAUGUUAACGUGGGAUUAUAUUCACCACCUAGCCCGUUCUUUGAUUAUAGUAUGGUGAUCAUUUUCCUAAUCGCGAUGUUCUGUGUGUCUCUUGGAGGCUACUGGAGUGGUAGGGCAGAGCUUGAGAAGCUGAAACGAGGCCCUAACCCCGGAAGCAAUGACUCAUUAUCGGAUGAAGAAACUCUUACUUUAACCCCUUUGACAGUUGUCAUAUUUGUGUCCUUCUGCUGCAUUAUGCUGGUCUUGAUGUAUUUCUUCUACAAAUGGCUCGUGUAUGUUGUCAUUGCCAUAUUCUGCGUAGCAUCUGUUUCGAGCAUGUACUGCUGUCUUUCUGCCCUGCUGAAAAAAAUACCUUAUGGACAAUGCAGGUUUCCCUGCUGGAACCGCGCCCUUGAAGUGAGACUCGUUUUCCUCUUUCUGUUUUGCAUAGCACUGUCCGUUACCUGGGCUGUGUUUCGGAACGAGGAAAGCUGGGCUUGGAUUUUACAAAAUAUCCUGGGAAUUUCUUUCUGUCUGAACUUUAUUAAAACGCUCAAAAUGCCCAACUUCAAGUCAUGUGUGAUUCUUCUAGGUCUCCUUCUUUUAUAUGAUGUAUUUUUUGUCUUCAUCACACCUUACAUUACAAAAAGUGGAGAAAGUAUCAUGGUUGAAGUGGCACUCGGACCGCUUGAAAGCAGUGAAAAGAAUGAUGGAAACUUGAUGGAAGCCUCUGCUGAACAAUCAGCUCCUCAUGAGAAAUUGCCGGUGGUUUUCAAGGUGCCCAGGUUGGACUUUUCGCCAGCAGUGUUGUGUAUGAGACCAUUUUCAUUACUUGGAUUUGGUGAUGUUGUUAUUCCAGGUCUCCUGGUUGCGUACUGCAACAGAUUUGAUGUGCAAACCAGCUCUUCCUCUGUGUAUUUCAUUUUCUGCACCAUAGCUUAUGGUGUCGGCAUGGUGCUCACCUUCGUGUGUCUAGUAUUGAUGGGGAAGGCUCAGCCAGCUCUUCUCUAUUUAGUGCCCUGCACGCUCAUCCCUUGUGUCCUGAUUGCUUUGUACCGCAAGGAGAUGAAAAAAUUCUGGAAUGGUAACAGCUACCAGGUGAUGAAUUCUGCUUCUAAUGAAGAAAACGCCACACAAGCCACCCAACACCAUGAGGGACAAUAACGCAUCACCAAAAAUAAUGUACUAUGAUUUUCUACUCAAAUAAUAGAGACUGGUUUAAUUUUUAAACUGGAAUAUUUCAUACACUUUAUUAUGAAAAGAAUCACCUUUUUUUACACUUGCACAUAUAUUUUUGUGAAACGUUUACUAUUGAUAUUCUCAGAAUUGCUAGAACAUGUUGUCUCUUGAGGUACCAAACCAUAUUCAAUAAACCUGUGCCUUGCUUCAA